UUUCUCCUCAUCUCCUUGCUCCCUGGCCUCCAGGUCUCCCGGCAGCAUGGCCUUCAACGGCAAGUACGAGAUGGAGAGUGAGAAGAACUAUGACGAGUUCAUGAAGCGCCUUGGGCUCCCCAGCGAAGCAAUUGAAAAGGGCCGUAACUUCAAGAUCGUCACGGAGGUCCAGCAGGAUGGGCAGAACUUCACCUGGUCCCAGCACUACCCCGGGGGCCACUCCAUGACCAACAAGUUCACCAUUGGCAAGGAGUGCGACAUGGAGACCAUGGGGGGCAAGAAGUUCAAGGCCACGGUGCAGAUGGAGGGUGGGAAGCUGGUGGUGGAUUUCCCCAACUAUCACCAGACUUCGGAGAUCGCGGGUGACAAGCUGGUGGAGAUCUCCACCAUCGGAGACGUGACCUACGAGCGCGUGUAUAAGAGGCUGGCCUGA